AUGGCUUCCGGAAGAAGACCCGAACACCAAGCUCCUCCAGAAGUGUUCUACAAUGAAGAGGAAGCUCGCAAGUACACGUCCAAUUCCCGUAUGAUCCAGAUUCAGCAGGAGCUGACAGAGAGAGCGGUGGAGAUGCUCAACCUCCCCGAGGACACGCCCUGCUAUCUUCUGGAUCUUGGGUGUGGGUCUGGACUGAGUGGAGAGUUCUUGACUGACCAGGACCAUAUGUGGGUUGGGAUGGACAUCAGUGCUAACAUGUUGGAUGUAGCACAAGAGAGGGAGGUGGAAGGAGACCUGUUGCUAAGUGACAUGGGGCAGGGCAUGUGCUUCAGACCAGGAACAUUUGAUGGGGUUAUAAGUAUCUCAGCCAUACAGUGGUUGUGUAAUGCAGACAAAAAGAGCCACAAUCCACCAAAGAGGCUGUACAAGUUCUUCUCUACUUUGUAUGCUUGUAUGGCACGUGGUGCCAGGGCUGUGCUUCAACUUUAUCCUGAAAACUCAGACCAGCUGGAGUUGAUCACCACACAAGCCAUGAAGGCAGGCUUCUCCGGAGGGGUGGUGAUUGAUUUUCCCAACAGCACAAGAGCAAAAAAAUUUUUCCUGGUUCUAUUUGCUGGUGGUACAAUGACGAAAUUGCCAAAGGCACUUGGAACUGAUGACAGAGCACACCAGGCACACUUCACAGAUACAAGGGAACGUGGAAAAGGCAAACCUCGUAAAUCUGUGAAGAAGUCCCGCGACUGGAUAAUGGAGAAGAAGGAGAGAAGAAGGCGACAAGGAAAGGAGGUGAGACCUGACUCCAGGUACACUGGGAGGAAGCGAUCAAACAAGUUCUGAUGUGUGGAGACAAGAAUCGCACCUUUCUACCAAUCCAGGCUGUUGCCUCUCAUAGACUAUGUGAAGAAGUUUGGAUUCCCCUUGAUGAAUAUGGAACUAUUGCGAGCUACAUGUGGACAUGUUGCAAAACAGUCACAGCUAAGAUUCUGUACUCCAAAAUGGAGUAUUGCUAUGCCCCAAGAAGGCAGUCGCUUGCCAGAUUAAAGUGAACAAAACAUUUUGAACUUU